CAUCACUGACUCCCUUCCCUCACUCUUCUUGCCAGCCUGGAGGAGUAUAGACCUGAGAUGAUGACUCCAUCAUAACCCCAGCCAUGGGGAGGGUUUAAAGGAUAGCAGAUCUGGGAGAUUUGAACCAUCUGUCUCCAAACAUGGGCUGUCUGUAUAGUGUAAGGUGUGGGCUAUUGAAAGUGGACUUCCAGUUGACAGAGAAGGGGAAUGUUCGCUUUAUCACAAAUGAUAAAAUCUAUAACAUAAAGGAAAGAGGGAAACAACAGCAAGAGGAAAAGAAAGAAAAAAAGCCCAGCACUUCAUCCUCUGCAAAGGUGGAUUACACACAACCCUCAAAGCUAGAGCCAUCCCCACAGCACCUAUCAAAAAAAGCACCGAAUGCCAGAAAGAUACAGGCCUGGUGGCGAGGCACCCUGGUGAGACGCUCACUGCUGAGGGCCGCCCUCAGUGCAUGGAUCAUUCAAUGCUGGUGGAGGAAGACAUUGGCCAAAAGACAUGAAAAGAAUCGACUGAUGAUCCUGUACUUGAUGGCACAAGAAACAAGGGCCUGCGUCAUUAUUCAGUCGUGGGUCCGGAUGCUGAAAAUCCGCCAGUAUUAUUCCAGGUUGUGCUAUGCCACCCAUGUCAUCCAGACGUCGUGGCGCUGGCAUAAGUGCCACACCCGUGGCUUUUUCCAGGGCAGCUAUGAACUUGUAGGACACAAACUACGUCUACAGCUUGAUAUCUUUCUGGGAUCAUGGGUUUGUCGUAUAUCAGACUGCAUAUCCUUGCCAAUAAAGAACUGAUCAGGUCUUCUAACACAGGA